AUGACGCAGACACAGAUGAACCCACGAAAAAUGCGGGUUGAACGUAUAGGAACUUUCGAAUCGCCUAUUACAGGCGAAGUAGAAGAGGUUCAAGUGCGUGUGGGUGAGGAGAUUCUUCAUUCUCAAGUACAGUUGUGUCGGGUAAAAGAACCAUGCGGACAUGAAGUACAGUACGGUGGUUUAUGUGCCAUGUGUGGUUUAACUGUGGACGAUAAGGAUUAUAGCGGCUACAGUUAUGAGGACCGUGCUACCAUCAGUAUGGCACACGAUAGUACUGGGCUAAAAAUUUCUUUUGAUGAAGCAGCUAAACUCGAGCAAUCUACAAGCGAGCGGCUCACUUCUGAGCGUAAAUUGAUUUUGGUGGUGGAUCUCGAUCAGACCGUGAUCCAUGCUACUGUGGACCCCACUGUUGGCGAAUGGCAGCUGGAUCCUCUGAAUCCCAAUUAUAGGGCCGUCAAAGAUGUGCGAUCGUUCUGCUUGGAAGAAGACCCUAUAGCUCCUCCAGGAUGGUCUGGCCCUAAAAUGACUCCUACCAAAUGCUGGUACUACGUCAAGGUCCGCCCUGGAUUGGAGGAUUUCUUAAAGAGGGUAUCGCAAUUAUACGAGAUGCAUGUGUAUACCAUGGCUACUCGAAAUUAUGCAUUGGCUAUCGCACACAUUAUUGAUCCUGAUGGUCGCUACUUUGGUGACAGAAUAUUAAGUCGAGACGAAAGUGGCUCGCUCACACACAAGAAUUUGCGCAGACUUUUCCCCGUUGACCAACUGAUGGUGGUUAUCAUCGAUGAUCGUGGAGAUGUAUGGCAAUGGGAAAAGAACCUUAUCAAGGUGGUUCCUUACGAAUUUUUUGUGGGAAUCGGUGAUAUCAACCUGAGUUUCCUCCCGAAAAAGAAUGGUCAAGUCACUGGUCCCAUGCGUAAGCGUAUUGCUCGCUUAGAGGCGUACGAAGAAAAACAAAGACGAAAGAGCCAGGGUGAGAUUGUCGAUGACGACGACCUGCAAGACCCACAAGACCCAGGGAGCGAGCCACCUCAAAACUUGGAGCCGCUGGCGAUCCCGGAAGAAGCAGGUUCUGAUCAUUCAAACGACGAAGAAUCACCUUCAAGAAGAAAUUCAAUUCAUGAUAACGACAAACCAUCCCUGACCACCUCCUCACGCAGAAACCUGCAGAGUUUACAAGCAUCACCUGUAGACCGAAUAGUUGAACUUGGAGGUGACAAGGUCCAAAUAUUCGAGCAGUCUCUCACCCGCAAUCAAAGCUUAGAGCAACAACAGCAUGAUCGACCCCUUGCAAAAUUACAACACGAUCUUGAAAAAAUCAACCAUGAACAUGAUGAGAAGGAAAUUACCCCAGAAUCGGAUAACGAAGACAAUCUCUUGUUUGAUGAUGAUAAUGAACUCGAAUCGUUGAACGACGCUUUGGUUCGUGUGCAUGAUGAAUACUACCGCAUAUGGGAUAGUUACAACGAAGACAAAUCCCUAACGAAUCCAGAUCUUACUACCAUCAUCCCUUCGCUCAAAAGUAAAUGUCUUGAGGGAAUAGUAGUGCUCUUUUCUGGAAUUUUAAGAUGGGGUAGUGAUCCUCAAAAGGCAGACAUAGUCAUAUGGUGUCAACAGUUUGGGGUCAAGGUGGUGAACGAGGUAUAUCCUGAAGUUACUCACGUCAUCUGUAGAGAGCCCAGUGCUGGCGGAGGACUCACUUUCAAGGUACGAGUUGCUAAGAAGACACUUCCUAAUGUCCAUAUAGUCACACCCGAUUGGUUAUUUGCAUGUAUGAGCAAAUGGACUCGAGUGGACGAAAAGCCGUAUGCAAUUGAAGCCAGCGACGAAGAUUUUUACUUGGAGGAAAAAGAUUUGGUAAAGUAUCAGGCAAUUAUCGAGGACCCAAGAAAAGCACCAGAACUGCGACCACGAUUUGAUUCUGUUGCAAGUAUGGAGGAGUACGAUUUGGAUGGUGCCAGUAAAGAAGUUGAUGACUUUUUGGCAGAUAUUAGCGAUGAAGAUGAAGAUGGGCAGGAAGAGGAGGAAGAGGAAGAAAUCAAGGAAGACGAACCCAAAAAGGAUACUUUCAUACUGGACUUGUACAAAAAGCGGAGGGCUAAUGAUGAUAUUGACUCUCUGGCCAAGAAAGCUAAGCAAAAUCCCGAUACGCUAGACGACCUUGAACAGGAACUAAUGGAUGGGUUUGACGACCUUGAAUGA